AUGGUCCACUCUGUUACCUUCAUCCCACUCUUGUUUACUGUGAUUUCCGCUGCCACUUUCGCCGAUUGGCCUGACCCAAGCGGUUCUACCAGUGUACCAGCUACUAUUGUUGUAAAGGCAGGUGAAACCUACGAUGGCAACCUCACCAGGUUCAUCUCUGGUUGGGGUGGUGGUGACCAAUCGGAAGGUCAAGACCCUGUUUUCAACUUGGAAGACGGUGCCACCAUCAAGAAUGUUGUUCUUGGUGCUCCAGCUGCCGAUGGUAUUCAUUGUGAAGGAUCAUGUGUGAUUGAGAACUGCUGGUGGGAAGACGUUGGAGAAGAUGCCGCUACAUUCAAAGGAGCUGUUGGAGACACUUAUUUGGUUAGCGGUGGUGGAGCCAAGGAAGCCGAUGAUAAGGUGUUCCAACACAACGGAAAUGGUUCUGCUACUAUCCAGAAUUUCCAGGUAAGAACAUGAAUUAACGGAAGAUAAGCAACAUGUUUCUUUUUAUCUUUCUGUAAACCUCUAAAAAUCCAAAAAAAUUCAAAAUUUUUCAGGCGGAGAACAUUGGAAAGCUCUACCGUUCUUGUGGUAACUGUGUCUACAACGGUGAUGAUCGUCACGUUGUUAUUGACUCAGUAAAACUCACCGGAACCACAAAAGUCAUUGCCGGUAUCAACGAGAACUACGGUGAUUCUGCCACUUUGACCAACAUUGAAAUCGACGGUACUGUGGAAGUUGUAUGUGAAACUUACACCGGAACUACUGACAACAGCGCCGAGCCUGUUUCCGUUUCUGAAUACAAACAGACUGAAGACGGUGAUGGAAAGUACUGCAUCUACACCACUUCUGACUUGACUAUCGAGUCUUAA